UCUUGGGCUGUAUGUUUUUUGUAUUGUGACUGGAUUUGGUUUUGUCAAACCCCCCCUGUGCUCUCUCAGGGGCUGAGCUUCCAUCUGGGCGCUGUGCUGCUGUCUCUGGGCUUCAUCACAUAUGUGGAACAUGUUCUGAGAAAAAAGCUUGCCUCCAUCUUCAGUGCCUGUGUCCUCUCCAGGCCCUGCCCCCCCGACUGCAGCCAUCAGCACAAGAAGGACUACUGGGUGAUGUUGCUGAACCUGGUUUUCAGCCUCCUGGCCAUCUUCCACCUCACCUACCUGGGCUCUAUGUUUGAUCCUGGACUUGACGAACAGGAAGUAGAAGAGGUGAGAGCAACUGGAGGAUAAGGAACAUUAACAUACUGUAUUAAGCAAGAUAUA